CUUUCAUCUUUAAAUUUUGAUUGUUCUAAAUUCCAGAGGACUAUACAUAACUAUCGUUCUAUAUUCCACUGACUAUCUUUACGAAGAGCUCUAACAUUCCAGAUAAAAUUCACAAAAAAAUCAUACUUGUGAAGAAAAGCUUUUUUUUUUAAUCGUAUUUUUUUAGGAGAUAUGACAGAUAUGGAGUUGUCACAGUGCAUACUCUGUGCCAGCCAUGUUCAUGUUGUCUUCAAAAAAAGCUCCAUCCUCCAUUGAUAAAAGAAUAUGAUGAAUGAAGAGAUUUUACAUCUUUGAGUGGAUAGAUUUACAUCUCUGGAUGGUUAAUUAUUAAAGAUUAAAGACCGACGUCAGUGGUUCUUACUUUAGCCAAUUAUAAUCUCUUUCCUUGGUGGGUUGGCGACAGUGUUAAACGAUUCACCACCUGUCAACCAGAUGAUGUAGGAACAAGAGCGACUUGUCCUUGCUUGGGUGGAAAGGUGGUGAAUCUCUAGUUGGCCGUACGGCUCUCUCUAGAUGACUCGAUAGAAAGGGAGUGAUGAAACGAUGAGACCGGGUAACAAUGGAUCGAGAGACGCCACACAGAUGAUGGAAGAGUCUGUGAUAAGUCUUGUUCUUCAGCUUCAAAGGAAUCGCUCUUUUCCACCACCUGUCAUCCACAAACCGACGGCCAUACUGAGGUAGUAAACCGUACACUCUCCACCUUGUUGAGAGCUACGGUGGGUAAGAACUUAAAGAAUUGGUUAUCAUGCUUACCUUACAUUGAAUUCGCUUAUAACCAUGCUAAGCACUCAGCCACUAAACAAUCUCCUUUUGAAGUUGUAUACGGGUUUAACCCUUUGACCCCAUUAGAUUUCUCACCGCUUCCCCAAACUGUCUAUUCUAGCUCAGAAGGAAUCACCAAGGCCGAUUUUGUGAAAAAACUACAUCAAUGAGUUAAGGAAAACUUGGAGAAGAAGACUGAGAAGUACAAGCAACAAGUUGAUAAGCACCGGAGGGAGGUCACAUUUGAGCCGGGGGAUUGGGUCUGGCUCCACAUGAGAACCGAGAGAUUUCCACACCAAAGGAGAUCAAAGCUCUUACUGAGGGGAGAUGGACCUUUCCGAGUCCUAGAGAAAGUCAAUGACAACGCAUACAAGCUUGAACUUCCAGGUGAGAUGAAUAUUUCUCCAACCUUUAAUGUUACUGAUUUAGCUCCUUUCCAUGCAGGAGAUCCUGUUCUGCCGUCAGAACCUUUUCUAGAGGGAGGGAAUGAUGAGGACAUCGAGACAAGCCUAACACUAGCUGAUGAAGAGUCGAUCAACAUACCCACCAUGAGGCAUGCACCAAGGACAAGGUCAGGAACUAAGAGUCUAAGAGAGGAGUUCAACAAGUCAAUAGAAGGGCUGAUCACACUUAUAGAGCACGAGGAACUCAAAGAGAAGCUACUCAAAGGGGAGAUCACCCGAGAGACACCAAUGGAGCCUCUAACCAAGUUCAGCACACUUGAGACCCAACAAGACGACGUGGAAGACUCGGCCGGUUCAAGCCAAGACCUUCAAGAAGCCAAGAAAGUCAAAGAGAUACCGAGCAAUGACUUCUCUCUACUUAAGCGUCAAGCCAUAUCAUUCUUACCUGUUUUACAAGGCAUCAAGGACGCUACUACGUUUGUCAUCUCCAAGCAAGUGGAAAUAGCACUCAUCAAACCAAUGUAAGUGUUUACAAUUGGAUUAUAUCUCACGAGCUUAUUGUUUGUUUUGCAGGAGCUUUUCUUGCCUUAGUCGUUUUCCUUAGUUUUUAGAAGUUUUCCAUUUUCUUGCUUUAGUUAAACGAUGAGCUUUGUAGUUUCCUUUUCUGUAUUUUUUGGCCAAGAGAAGCCACCCUGCUGUCGAACCAUUAUAUAAGGUUCCUUCUCAGCAUGUAAACUUUUUACCCUAUCAAUAAAA